AUUGUGGUAACAUUCAGAGACUCUAUUUCUGGUAAAAGUUUAAUGAGCUCUUUUCUUUAAUUUCUACCUUGCUUUUCCUCUGAAUAUUCUUAUGUGAGAGAGAUGUCUAGAUGUUUCAUGAAAGAUUGCUCCUUGUUGCUAAAGAAAAACUUGGAGAAAGGAGAUGAAGGUUUAGUUUUGGGUUUAGUUUCAAUUUGAUUAAUGUAAGUGUAAUACCCCAAAAUUUCUGGAAUAAAUAAGUGUGAGUUAGGGACUAACUUGUGAGAAAAUAUUAUUCUGGGACUUAAUAGCCAAAGUUUGAAAGUCAAGGGGCUUAAAAGAGGAGAAUUGGAUAAGGAUGGCUGAUAUUUUUCUCCUUUUUCCUCUUUCUUCUUCCCCGAUGCUCUGCUGCCCGACCAGCCUCUCCCCAUCCCCAGUCGCCGGCUCCUCUUUGAAAAAUUGGAAAGCUCCCGGAUCUGCUCUGCUCCUUUCUUCUUCACCGCCGGCUGCUAUGUGGGUGGGUGAUUUCUGGGCAUUUUUUCGAUUCCCCUUGAAUUUCCCUUGCACUGCCGCCGGCUUCCUCACUAGCCAAGCUCCAGUUUUGCUUGCUAAAUUCUGGUUCCUGAUUAUUCUGUCAGUUAGCACUGAGAUCGAGCCUUCAAUUUUAUGCGAGUGAAUUUCUGUGUUAUGCAAUUGAGGAAGCGAAACCGAGAACGAGGAAACCAUAGGAAGUGACGAGUUAGAAGGCUAGCCAUUUCGAGAUUGAUAUAGAUUUUGGGAAUAAAUUGUGAUCUUGUAA